CUAUUUUGACCUGUUCCCCACCAAUUACCUCCCUUCCCCGACUUCCCUUCGUUUGCCAAGAUGGCUGCCUCAGCGGCGAGAACAGUGUUGAUGACUAUAAAACCACAUGUGCCUUUGAUAAAGUUUCCAUCCAGAAUUCUUCCCUCAGGUGCAGCAGCAGCAGCUGCAUCCCCCCCAGCCACGGCAUCUUCUCCAGCAAGACCACCAGCAGACAGCAAGCCCAUUGGCCGAGGAGCUCGAGGGUCAGGUCUUGAAUAUAGUGAUCUCCCCUUGAAAUACCAUCGGAAAGUUAUAUCCCUAGAUGAAAUGGAAUAUAUAGAGAAAGGCGGCCAAGUGUGAUGUGAUGUGUGGCCACUCUGUGCUUCAUGUAGCUCCUCCACACAGCUCCUCCACAGCUCACUCCAUAGAGAAUUACCUCAUAUUUUCACAAUCAGAGUACCAAGAUUGGAAGUAACUUAACUUUCUGUGAAUGGUUAUGGUGGUGUGUUCGUAGUACUUGAUAAGGCUGUUGAUGUUGUAAUUAAUGUAUGACUGAAUGAAUGUUUGUUAUAAUAAAAUGUUAUGAGUGUU